AUGGAGAUCUGCAAUCGAGAGGACCGACUAUACGAUAUGCCAUGCAAAAAAGCGUUGCGCCUUGUUGACAACGGGGAGAAACUCCGGCGGGAGAAAGUUUCCACCCUGCGGGAACUUAUAGAUGCGCUCUACGAGGCCUACAACACAGAUAAUGUGAAUAUCGAUUACGUUCAGAACCUGAUGAUGGACUAUAAGAGCAAUCCCGCGGAAUGGAAGAAAUUUGCCAAGUUUGACAGAUACAGAUAUACCAGAAACUUAGUUGACGAAGGGAACGGCAGGUUCAAUCUCAUGGUAUUGUGCUGGGGAGAAGGUCAUGGGUCAGCCAUACACGAUCAUGCCAACUCGCAUUGUGUAAUGAAAAUGCUCCAGGGGAAAUUAUGCGAGACAAGGUACGCGUGGCCCGAAGGAUCAGAGAUGAAAAAUGAUGCGGAGGAACUCAAGGAACUUAAGAAGAACACGCUUGAUAUAAACGAGAUCUGUUAUAUUAAUGAUUCACUAGGUUUACACCGUGUCGAAAAUCCAAGCGCGGUAAAUCCCGCGGUCUCUCUGCAUCUGUACUCGCCGCCAUUCUCGUCGUGUUCGGUUUUCAACAAGCAAACCGGACAAAAGUCUACGUGUAAGGUCACAUUUUGGUCCAAGUACGGGGAAGGAAGAAACCGGCAAAUUCAAGAUGCCAGAUCUCCCGAGGAUAACUAAUCUGAGCAAGAGAGCAGAAAUACCACCAGCGAUAUGCCAAUUAAGCGUAUGCGACAAAGUAAUAUCGUAUACGGAAAACGAUUUGCAUUUUCU